GAAGGCGUACCCUGUUUGAACGCUGACUUCUGGUGCCGAAGUCCAAUUUCACAGCUCUUACUAAUGAACUUGAAUAGAGCGCGUGCCGAGGGCGUGCAGCUACUUCCUGCCAGUGCGAUCCAGCUUUGAGCGAGCGGGUUAAAAUGUAAUGAAGCGCUGCGGCCUGCGCGCUUUCGCGGGUUGCGUUUCAGUCACGUGACGCCGUGCAGUCGGGAGAGAAGCGUCCUCCUGGCGGGGCAACUGCAGCUGCGCAUCUCGGUGCUCGUCUCGGCAUACCUUUCCUCGCACGGAGCUCAGAAUAAUCCAGUUUGUUUGGCAUUGAGGUUUCACCGCUGUCGUCACCAUGGCGUCGCUCUCGUUAAAUUCUUUAAAACAAGGCCUCCGCGCCAUGGUGGAGAGCCCUGGCUUUGACCGAGUUCUGAGGAAGGUGAACAUCGUGUCCGCGAGCCCAGGUAAGGUGGUAUGUGAGAUGAAGGUGGAGGAGGAGCACCUGAACCGCAUGGGCACCCUGCACGGCGGCAUGACGGCCACAAUAGUGGACGUCAUCUCCACGACUGCGCUCCUGUACACGGAGCGGGGGGUUCCGGGGGUCAGCGUGGACAUGAACAUCACGUACAUGAAUGCAGCCAAGCUAGGAGAAGACUUGCUCAUUACAGCCCAAGUGCUAAAGCAAGGGCGGACGAUGGCGUUCGCGACCGUAGAUCUUGCAAGCAAGGCGACCGGAAAACUCAUUGCACAAGGAAGACAUACAAAGCACUUGGGUGGUUAAAUCUGAGUGAUUUAAUUGCAUGGAGAUCCUGCAAACAAUUGGUAAAAAGAUGCUUACAGAUAGUACAUGUGCCAUUUCAGUGAAUUGUAAAAUGUUAUCUUUAAAUAAACCCUGUUAGUGUGAAAGUUGCUCAACCAUUUUUCCAAAAACAAAGGAUAAAACCAAGAAUGGGUUUAAGUGCAGACACAAGUUACAGUAUUUGUGUACUUUUUCAGUCAGUUCUAUAAAUGUUGUGUAGGCACAGCAACAUUUACAGAAUGUACAACUCCAGAAUGGAUUUCUUUUUGUGGUAUAUCAAGUUUUCAGCUUGGCUCCAUAUGCAAACCCUGUAUUUGCACAAGCUUAUUUAUCGGCAUGUUUAGUAAGUUGGCACCUUAGAACUCCCAAUUCCUUUUUGCCAUAUACUGUUGUCUUCUUGAUCCAGCCUGAGGUCCAGGCCAGCAUCUACUUUUGGAACAAAGUUCAAGAUUAAAAACUACCAUUCCCCGCAUAUCAUCAGUGGAAGAUACGCCCACUCCACAUUAUUUUUCUAUCCAGUGGCGGGACUGAAUUCCACAACUCCCAUCAACCAAGAGCUAAUACAGUCGGUAUGAGUGCAACAGCUCACUUUAUUAUUCAUCAUGUGAUGAAAUCUGCAGUUUUGUGUAAAGUGAAAGUAAGCCGUUGAUGGACCAUGGCUAUAGAGGGUAGAGUCACUUGUCUCCACUUGGUGUAGUCUGUGCAAAUGACAUGUAUUCACUUUUGGGUUUACUUAAGCAAAUGUUAUAUAAUAGGAAAAGUAAAGGUUGUAAGGAUGAGUUUGUAGUUGACAGACACAAAAGUCCAAGUCAAACUCUUUUCCUCCUUAAUCAGGAAGUGGAGUCACAGUGACUACCCAAGAGAACCAGAUAAAAAUCCAACAGAGGGGAAAAAAAAAUGUACAGGAACUGAUAGUAAUUUCAGUAAUUACUAGUGAAGUGAUAGAACUUAGUAAUUUCAAAAGGAAAGAUUAAGUGUUCUGGGUACAGAGUUGUUAAAAGGCAUACAUGGAGCUGGGCCAUUCACAAGGUCUAGAGGUCCUAAUAUGGCAUGUAAGGGCAAAGUGCCUAUAAUGUGGCCCUUCUCAGCAAGACACUCCCAUUUUGAGGGUACGUAUUUCUAUUCUUUCAGAGAAAUUUGUUUCUUGAGCUCCCCCCUCCCUUUUUUUUAAAAAAAAAAA